GUUAAUUUGAUUGUACCGUACGCGGAUCAAUAAUAUUGUAGCACAUGGAAAUAAUUAAAAUAUAUAUGAAUUUUAAUGUCCAUGUGGCAUUAUUUUAUUUGCCUACGUAAAGAAAUGUACCGUACAUUCGAAAUUUAGAUAUGCAACCAUGUAAAAAAUGAAUCCACAAUAUGAACUUAUUAACUCCCCACCAUCUUGUCAAAUCUGUCCGAUCUGAACUUAUUAACUCCCCACCAUCUUGUCAAAUCUGUCCGAUCUCAACUAGUCGGGAAUUUCCGCUGUCUUUGAGACGCUGAGUAGUUUCUAUAUAGUGAUGAAUGUCAGACCUAGACACACCCACAAUGGCCUCACUUCUGUUCAACCUUGCCCUCUUCUUGAGCUUCGCAACCUUUUCUUUCCGUACGCCAGUGGCUGCCGGCGACGACGGCAGCCAGGUGUCCGCCUCCGUUCCUCCACUUAUUUAUGUCUACAAAAACGGCACAAUCAUUCGCCCGCUAGACCAGAGGAAGCUUCCGGCGUCACCUCAAGAUCAAGCCACCGGCGUCUAUUCCCGGGACAUAACAAUUCCCGGCAACAUCCCGGCCAGGAUAUAUCUCCCAAAGCUUCAAACCGCCUCCGAGAAGCUCCCGAUACUGAUUUGGUACCACGGCGGGGGGUUCUGUAUGGGAUCCGCUUUUGCCUCCGGCGACCACCAGUUCCUCAACAUCCUAGCCUCUAAGGCCAAAAUAGUCGCCAUCUCCGUCGACUACCGGCUCGCCCCAGAGCACCUACUCCCCGCCGCGUACGACGAUAGCUGGGCGGCCGUCAAAUGGGUCGCAUCCCACGCUCCUGGUUCAAUCCGGCCCGAAAAGCCAGAUCCAGUGCUGCUCCAACACGGCGACUUCAGCCGGAUCUUCCUCGGCGGCGACAGCUCCGGCGCCAACAUAGUCCAUAACAUGGUUGUCAAAACCGGAAAAGAGCAGCUACCCGGAAAAAAUACGAAGAUCUUCGGUGGAAUCCUGACUCACCCGUUUUUCUGGGGAUCCAAGGACGGAGACAAGGAGAGCUUCGGGUACAAGGACUGGAGCUUCGUCUACCCGGCAGCUCCGGGCGGAAUCGACAACCCGUUGAUAAACCUGUUUUCAGAGCCGCUAUCCGGGUACCGAGCAUCACGGAUCUUCGUAUCCAUUGCAGAGCAGGAUGGACUGAAAGUGAAGGGGAUGGAUUAUGUGAAGGUAGUGAAUGGGAGUGGGUGGAGAGGUGAAUUGAAGGUGGUGGAGGUGUUGGGGGUGGGACAUAGCUUUUAUCUCAACCAUAUCCAUUCCACUAAAGCUUAUUUUCUCAUAGCCCAAAUUGUCAAAUUCAUUUGUCACUGAGAUGUGCCAAGUUAUGGAGGAUGGUGGCUUGAUAAAUGGUUAUGAUAAAUUUGAGAAAAUUUAGGCCAUGGAUUACUAAACAAUGUUCCAUACUCGUUAUGCCGCAAUGUUACUUAUUCUAUUUUGUUUUGCUUCUAUAUUUCCUUUUUUGCCAAUAUUUUGCUGUGUUAUCAGUGUUUAUUUUUUUCUGAUGUCUUUGAAGGAACAAAACAAAAAAAAAAAGCUUGUCGAAGAGCUUGAGUUAUUUGUUUUUUCUGUGUUAUUUGUUUCGUUGCUCCGACGGGCAAUUGAGUGAGUUAAAGAGCUUGUCGAAAGUUCGAAUCCAGUCAUCCAAGAUAAGAUGGUCCUCCUCUCCCAUGUAUUUUGGAGGGUUCUGCCCGGCUACCCUCGCUGCGUAGUCAAUUGAAGGGUUCUGGGGUUGGGCUGCUCUGAUGAGCUGCGCCAUUUGCUGGACAGUUUGGGCUAGCUCCCCGAUGAUUGGGGUUGAAUGGGGGUCUCUCCUCGGCGGCAUGAUCUUCUAUUAUACAAAAGCAAGAGAAGAAUAUGAACAGUAUUCCCGCUCAAAAACGUCACAUCCACGGGUCGGGUCAGAUUAUCCAUAGGUGGCAUAAACAACUCAUUUGAAAGCCCAAUUUUGUCUUAAAUAAAUCAAAAAAGUGUUCUUUGAGUCUUGAGCCACCAAAACAUUUAAUGCACUGCAUGGACUAUGUUUGAAAAAGAGUAAAUCUUUGUACUUCAAAUCUUAGAAAAUCUAAGAUUCCAAAAAAUAAUCUUGAACCACACAAUAAUUUAAUGCACUCUGCUUUAAAAUCUUGAUAUGCGG